GUGAUUGUGCAUUCAUUAGUUCUUUAGACUCAAACGUCUUAAACUACAAACAAUUGCUGAAUUUGUGACUUUAAAAAACUUUCAACCAGAUUUGUUUGAUUCUGAAAUAAAAACAUGGAUUCUAUUGUACCAGAUCUUGACUGCAAGCUACGUAAAAGCGGAAACACUAUUACUUGUAAUACGCAGAAUAAUAUGAUAUCUAAGAAUGGUAUGAUUAGUGCAGCGCGAAGAAAAUCGACAAAUUUUCAACCGCAAAUUCAGCUUGGAUUUAAAUCAAAUGGUGACGAAUCAAUCCAUUGCGCAUCAACUACUGGACGCUGUAGCCCGCAUCCUAAUGACAUAUUUCAAUCGCAGACUGGAAAACUAACUAUAUCCUCUUUGGAAAAAAAUGACGAUAUAGCUGUUGGACGUCUGCCACCACCAUCACCUGCUCCAAAUAACGACUGUUUUGCAUCUUGCGCAAGUCCUACGCAUGUAUCUAUUAAAUCAGAUACUCUAUCUAUAUCUCAUAAGCUCAGUGUUGGGGUAUCUAUAUCCGGUACAUAUUCACAUCAGAGAUGUUCGUCACCAAACUCAAAGUAUAGAUUGGAUCGGUAUCGUGAGAUCCAAUCAGUGCCGAAAACAAGAGAAGCAGUAAAUCAUUCCUCCCCAUUGCCAUCCAGUUCAUCUUCAACUCGUUUACUUCUGCCGGUUAACACAACGUUGCCGUUAGUUCAAUGUGAAACCCUUAAUGGUUACUUGGGAUCUACUGUACACACGCCAGUCAAACGAUAUAUACCAACCCCACCACCUGCAAACGACAUUUUCUCAGAUUUGCAGUUAACCUCAUCCACAGCAACAGUUUUGCCAAUCGCAACAUCAAGCCAAUCUCAAUAUGCAAACAUACCAUACAGCUACAGAAAUAAAUGUUGUCAUACAGAAAAUAUCGAAACAGUGCAAAAUAGUUUAUUAAACUCAGGACAAACAUUCAACAUGACCGCAUCUUGUUCGUCAUCAUGCAACUCUCCCUUACCAACAACAACUUCAGCAAUGUCUGUAGCUUUCCCUACACCUACCGAAUGUUCUCCAAACACAACAACCUCGGGCAUGCGAAAUAAGACACGAUCUACAUUACCAAAUUCUGAGAUCACGCGCUUGUCAACUAGUUUUUCAGAUGAGGCAGAGCCUGUAAUAGUCAUAUCUCCUAGUAUGACCGCAAAUAAGCCUGAAGUCAUUACCAGUACUGGUACAUGUAUUCACUGCAACACAGCACGCAGAACUACUGGCGUACACCAGACAACACAAACAACUGGCCCCAUUAGUCCAGUACCGCUUCCCUUAACAAUACCAUUGACAAUCCCUCUCGCAUCUAGUGAACAUGCAAACAUAGAACAGGUGUCAAAUGUUACCCUAUCGCUCUCACAGGCAUCAAUGGAAUCAAAUGUCUUAACCGCUCAAUUAAAGAUUAAUGAUAACUGCAACACUGAGCUGCAACGUGAAUCAAAUCACAAUCAAAUAUUCCCUCAUGGAACGGGGUCGUCAGUUACGCAAAUGAUUAAUACUCCACGCAUACAGCAAUCACAGAUGAACACAGUCCAUAACUUGCACUCUCAGCCGCAACAGCAGACACCACAAAUUUUACAACAACAACAUUAUUCGUAUAAAAAGCGCUUAAGUAAGUAUAUGAAGCGCGAAGUAUCAAGUUUCUUUGGUGUGGAACUCAGCACUGAGAAUGAAGAUUUUUCUCUUUGGUAUGGUCGGCACAGACGGUUGGCCAUUCGACGUUUUGGAUUAUUACACUCUAACUGUCAGGCACCAAAUGGAAGCAAUGGUAAUUCUCAUUCUACCAUUAACCACCGCACUACGCACGAGCUAAGUCAAAAUUGUAGUCACGUCAACUACUGUUACGCACCAGAUCGUCCUGAUAUUUUACCUGCCCAUAAUGUGGACAUAUCUGCACAAUGUCGUAAAUUUUAUUCUAACAGUGACUUUCAUACUGAUGAGUUUGUGGAGCGUAAGCCAUCGGUGGCAAACAUGUUAAUAUCAACAUUAGCUUACAUAAUUCAUCUUUUUAACAAGAGACAAUCCCGUCAUUGUAAUAACUUAGCUCAUCAACGUUAUUGGCAAUGGUCCCGAAGUUUUGCACCACUACAUGUUCAGAAAAAUAGCCCAGAAAUAGAUUCUGGUAACAGUCAAGUCGAUAUUGAUACAGAAUUUACCCUCGAUUUGUCAGAUAGCUUAAUAGCACUUAUUGAUGAUGAAGUUUUUUUUGACAACCCUUGUGAAACUAAUACAUCUUCUAUUGAUAAUGGUAUAGAAAUUGUACGGCAAUUAAAUAAGCAGCCGCUUUCUACAGCCAUGACAUCUGGAACAACCACUAGUGCUGGUGUAUACAUGGGGGAGCGACAACAAAAUGGAUGGCGCACAUCGGCCUUAAGCAGUAAAGAGAACGGCAACAGUGACAUUAAUAUAACCAAUGAUCAGAAAAUACAUCAAGCAAAUACAAAUCAAAUACAUCAAGGCAGUUCCAUGCCUGGUCAAAUUCAUACAGCAACACGAUCAUCUAACUUAAGCUCUUCAAUUGCAAAUCGUGGCACUCGAAUUACAGCCCAAGUUCUUGACGGUGUUUUAGAAAAUUCUCGACGACCCCCAAACAAGUGUAUAAAAUAUUUCUCAGUUAACGACUUGGACGAUCGCACAGAUUAUAGGCCAUAUUUUACAUAUUGGAUAAACACCGUGCAUGUAAUAGUUCUUUGUCUUUCAAUAAUGUGUUACGGCAUUGCGCCAAUUGGAUUUGGAUCUGAACAAAAGACUGGUCAAGUUCUAGUAACGAGCCUAAGUUUGCAAACAGUGCAACAUGUAGUGCAACGAAAUUUUUGGAUUGGUCCUCGCCACAAUGAUUUAGUUCAUAUGGGUGCUAAGUUUGCUGCUUGUAUGCGACGUGAUAUGAAGAUUACAGACGUAGUAACUAAAACUAGACGUCAGGAACGUGAAACGGCAUGCUGUAUUCGCAAUGAUGACUCUGGCUGCGUUCAAAGCUCUCAAGCGGAUUGCUCAAUCAGAGGUCUUUACCCUACAAAAUCCAUAUCGACUUGGAAGAAGUGGUCACCAGUAGAAUCCGGUCCUGGAGGGCGCAUUUCAGGAUCCGUAUGCGGUCUGGAUCCAAAAUUUUGUGAUGCUCCCGCUUCGAUAGCACCUUAUGAAUGGCCAGAUGACAUAACAAAAUGGCCGAUCUGCCGGAAAACCAAUUCCUUUUCACAAAGAUAUCGAUACAAAGACCACACUUCAGAGCACAUGGUUUGCGAAGUAAUAGGUCAUCCAUGUUGUACUGGCCUUUACGGUGAAUGCCGUAUAACAACCCGAGAAUAUUGUGAGUUUGUAAAUGGAUAUUUUCACGAGGAAGCGUCGCUCUGUUCACAGAUAUCUUGUCUAAACAACGUUUGUGGAAUGUUUCCAUUCAUUUCCGUAGAAAUUCCGGAUCAAAUUUAUAGGCUUUUAACAUCCCUUUGUAUGCAUGCUGGUGUUCUGCACUUAGCAAUUACACUAGUUUUUCAGCAGUUAUUUCUUGCUGACUUGGAAAGACUUCUGGGAACUGUUCGCACGGCAAUUGUUUAUGUUGUAUCGGGGCUUGCCGGAAAUCUUGCUAGUGCUGUAAUCUUACCUCAUCGUUCUGAAGUUGGGCCUUCUGCUUCUCUUUGCGGUGUUGUAUCUUCGCUCAUAGCUCUUCUAAUUUUAAUGCAUUGGAACCAUUUGCAUAAACCACAUAUUGCACUGUUCAAAUUAUUAAUGUUAUGCGCCGUAUUAUUUGCGAUGGGAACUUUGCCAUAUCAAUUAAAUUUUGUUGCUCUAUUUGCGGGAGUUACAUGUGGAGCAUUCAUAACUAUUUCCCUGGUACCAUUUACUAGUUUUACGAAGUACGGACGAAAAAAAAAGAUUAAUCUUAUAUGGAGUUGCCUUCUAUUCCAUAUCUUCAUAUGUGGUGCAUUAAUAACAACAUUUUACAUCUAUCCAAGUGAAUUUAACACCCUAAAUUUAACGGAAAUAUUUAAUAGCAAAUAUAGCAGGUCGACAAAUAGUAAUGUUGUUCAUUAUGAUGUCGAAGUUAUCAACAAUACUACUCGAAAAUACUCGCAGACUCAAAAGCCCCAAUUCUAUUACCAUCAUCACUCCGACGACAUCAUAAGAAAUACUGCAGCGUUUACAGAGGGUACAAGUAUAUCGCACAUGCAUUCCGAAGUUUCGAGGCAAAUCCAUUGGUCACAAACUGGCUUUAGUCGACUGCUGGAUCACAGUGAAAACAAAUCAAAACUCAAGAACACUUUAAAUUCUCGUGGGUUAAUUCGUCAUUUGAAUGAACCGAACGACUCAAACUUAAUGACUAAAUCAGUAGUAUUAAAAUCUGAAAGUAAUAACAAAAAUCUUAUUAAUGUGAAUAUCACAACUGUAUAAACUUUAAUUAUAUUAUAAAAAAAAGGAAAUACCCCAUUUACGAAUCGAUGGAAGCUAAGUGCGAGAAGUCACCUAAUUUCAAAAUAACCCAUACAUAUUUUGUUGAGAUGUGAGUGAAGCCUGAUUUUGCUUAUGCUUCUGGGUUUUCAGUAGUUUACUUAAAUAUAUUAAAUAUAAAUAUAUAUUAUACAUAUACAAAUAACUCUACUAGUAACACUUUUAUGCAAGUAAAAAUAAAUGGAAGGAUAUUUGAAUCAGCGCACUAACCAUAAAGAAGUAUGUUUCAUCUCUUUCUUUUUUAUAACCGCUAGCAUAAGGAUAUAUGUAAAACGUAGCCUAAGGUCACUUUUCUAUAUUCAAAUAAUGGGAAUCUUAUAAAACCCACUGUGACGGCACUGACUUGCCUACGUAUUUGUACAUAAAAUGAUGUAAGUAAGUCGUCCAACCGUCUUGGGUAUACCAUGCACCGAAUAAAACAAAUAUUUUAAAAUUAUAA